CUCUCAUGGCUUCUGUGCUGCUUUGAGGUGUUAAACAUCACGAAUUUUUCGGAGACUGUACCUAUCGGUCGCUGCGCAAUGACGGUGAUAUGGGUUUUGCUUACUUUGAUUCGAAUCUCUUAGGACCCAAUUAGCCAAGCGACAUCUUCUUCCCCCCUUGUUCAGGAAAUUGACAAGCAUUGUAACUCUCCCGACUGCCUUGCUGCCGUCAAGUUAAUCGCCGCCGCCAUGAACGUUUUGGCCGACCCUUGCACCAACUUCUACGCGUUUGUGUGUGGCCACUGGCGGUCGUCUGCAACGGCCACGAAGAUUGAGCCAGACUGGUCGUCGCCCGCCGAUCGCAACGUAUCGUACAUGGCGUCACUGAGGAGCGACUACGUGGCCGCCGCCAACGAGAGCCUGUUGCGCGCGGCGCAGGAAUCGGCGACCUCUGACGAGCAGGUCAGUCACAUGGGCAAAGUCUACGCAUCGUGCCUGGCAUUCUUCGUUGACAAGCCACUGAAUUUAAUGACGGCAUGGCAAGCUGCCAACAUCUACACCAACCUCUGGCUUGAGGCCAAGACGUUCCAGGAGUCCCUGUUCCUGGCCGUGACGCACCUACUACAUUUCCGGCUAGACUCAGCCCUCUACGUCGCCUACAAGGCGCAGGUUGUGCACAUCUCGCCGGGCACAGCCAUACUCCACCACGUCAAAGCAGGGUUUCGUCGCGCCAUCGUCGUUCACGCCGUCAAGGCACUGCUCCCAAACUAUAGCUUCCGUCAACGCUCCAAUCUGGCUGACGGCGCCACGGGCGAAAGCCAGAUGGUUGACGCUAUAGCGAAACUGGACGAUGUUGUGUUUAAUCAGACGGAUACUUCGCCUCCAGUGGAAAUCGCGCUGAGUGAGUUGGACUCGUCCAAGUGGAAUUGGACACAAGUGUUCACUGCCUACUCUUCCGUAGAACUCAUGGCUUUGCCCAUUAAGGCGCGCGUCACAAACAUCGCCGGUGUGCGAGCCAUCUUGGACUCGCUGUCCAGUCAAGAGGACAUGAUGGCGACCAAGAUCUACCUGAUGCUGGUGCCGUUCGCCAAGUUCUUCGGACUGGAAGAGCGGGCCAGAGGUCACCGUCGUCUGCCCAGGGACGACAUCAGAAACGAGCUCUGCGUUACGGCGGUGGAGACGAUGUUCGGAGAUGUCUACCAGCGCUGGAUGACGGCCGAGUUGGCAGGCUCAGACACUGGUGCCGAAUUGAGGCAAAUGCUCUCCGGCGUGCUGAAGGCGGCCGACAAGGUGCUAGAAAUUACCCGAGGUGCCGCCCUAGACUACGGAAAGAUGGUCGCGGCCACUUACCCAGCGCGAAUGUAUCCUCUCGACAACGACACAAUAACAUCGGUAGAGGCCAACUACGGGUCAGACUUCGUGGUCAACGCUGUCCUCUUUACGGCCGGCGGGGGCAGUCCCGCAAGGCCUUUGCUGGACUUUGACGCGCUGUCGGCGGACUGGAGUGACCGAGAAGUGGCUCAACGCCUCCUGAUACCCGACUUCUACUACGCGCAUACGGCGCAGGUCGUGCUCAACUACGCCACUGUCGGGUACUACUUGGCCAAGCAAGCCUUUUGGGCAGGAUCGCCGUGGCACGGCGCUGGGAACGACAGCCACGGCAACUCGUCCUCGGCGUGGGACCUGGCCGAGCACACGCGCUGCCUGGCGUCCUACACGAAGCAGACCUCCGGCAUCGAAAUGUCCGGCGACGAGCCGUGGUGGCGGGACGCGGUCCAGGUCCGUUGGGCCGCCGAGGUCUCGUUCAGGGCGGCCGCUUUCCGAGACGCCAAGAUCGCGCAGGAGAGGUCGCUCAGGCAGCUCUUCUUCCUCCGCUUUGGCCACACCUUCUGCGCAGUGCCCCGCCGCAGCCAGUGGGAGGCGGCAGCGACGGCGUGUCGCGUGGCCACUAUGACACUACCCGCGUUCGCCGGAGCGUUCGGGUGCCCCGUCAUGGUGGGCAUCGGGUGCUGACCACUCUGCGA